AGAGCUGUAAUCUAGCUAGCUAGCUAGCUGCAGGUAAGGUUCAUCAGACAGCAAGUGCUUUCUAGUUUCUAUCCCUCGCAAAAAAAAUAGAAGUGCUUUCGCAACCGGAACACGAUCGCAUGGCGUUCUUCUCCGACGAGGCGUUAGCCAUCGUCGUGCCCAUCUUGGUGUACUGGGUGUACUCAGGUAUGUAUAUGGCACUUGGCCAGUCCAUGGAUAAGUACAGGCUGCAUCCCAGGAAGGAGGAGGACAGCAAGAACCUGGUGUCCAAACGCGACGUCGUCAUGGGCGUGCUCCUGCAGCAGCUGGUUCAGGCUGCCGUCGCUGCCGUCGUCUUCGCCCUAACGGGAGAUAGCAGUAGCUCGUCGACGACGGCGCAAGACAUGAGAGGCGGCUCGCCGUCGUCGUUCCUGAAGCUGGCACGGCAGUUCGCGGUGGCCAUGGCCGUGCUGGACGGGUGGCAGUACGCGUGGCACCGGUACAUGCACCUGAACCGGUUCCUGUACCGGCACGUCCACUCGUGGCACCACCGCCUCGUCGUGCCCUACGCGUUCGGCGCGCAGUACAACCACCCCGCCGAGGGCCUCCUCCUCGACACGCUCGGCGGCGCGCUCGCCUUCCUCGCCUCCGGCAUGUCGCCGCGCGCCUCCAUCUUCUUCUUCUCGCUCUGCACGGUGAAGGGCGUGGACGAUCACUGCGGCCUGUGGCUGCCGGGGAACGUGUUCCACCUCUGCUUCUGGAACAACACGGCGUACCACGACGUGCACCACCAGCUGCGUGGCAGCAGGUUCAACUUCUCGCAGCCGUUCUUCGUGACGUGGGACAAGGUCUUCGGGACGCACAUGCCUUACGUCCUGGAGGAGAGGCCAGCUGGUGGGCUGCAAGCACGUCCCCUCAUGGCGAGAGCCGCCAGAAGCAAUGGCCAUGAAAACUAGCUAGCGAGGAUACACGCAUGCAUAUGCACACGUAAAACUAGCUAGCUAGCUGGUAUAGUAUUGGGGAUUUUUACCAAUGGUGUUGCGGAAGAAAGCGAAGGUAUUAAAAUGCGUUUUGCAAGUUACAUGCUACAUUUUCAAGUGGCUCAUUCCAUGUGUGAAUGUAGGUCCAAAAAUGUUCACCACCGAUUCGUAAACCCCUAUCACUAAGCAUCCGCUAGAUGUAUGUCGACAGUGAUAAUGUAGCGUGUAACUGUCGGCAUUGGAACCGGAGGUGAAACUAUAACAGACCGGAGGUGUUUCUUUCACUUCCGGUUUGUCUAUUA